AUAACUGAGUCAGAGCACACAAAUAUAACUAUUCAAAUAUUUUCUUUAUAUCAAGAAAAUAAUUCUAAUAAAUCCAAAUUUUCGUAGUGUUUGACCAAGGACCAAUGUGGGCCCAUAAAACGGUUAUCCCAUUUCAGACUGCUGUGAAGUUAAGUCCGCGAUGUCGCGCGUGGCCCACGGUUUGCUGGUUAUUCAUAAAGAUCUAUGGAGUAUUUGAGUACAUGAUUUUGGACAGGGAUCAAUCCUUUUGGAUUGCAUUAUCUUGCUUUAUUUCAUUAUUAUUAAUCAUCAAAUGGUGGAUACGGCAUAAAAAAAUUAAACAGAAAAUCGAAGAGGAAUUAUUGAUCGAAAAAGAAAUUAGUCAGCUACAGUUUGAGGAGAGUUUGGGUGAACUACUUCUUGCUGCCAAGUUAAAAAGUGACCAAUCAGAUAAUUUGUCGGUAAAGGAGAAUGCACGGGAAAAUUCCUGGGAGCCGCUACUGGAGCCAAGUGUACCGCUCCAAGAUGCAAGCGCAGAUUCGGGCUCGAUGACUUCCUUGAGCUGUGCCACCCAAUUCACCAAAACAAGCAAGUCAACAACAGUAUCUAUUAAACGUAACAAACAUUCCUUGAGCAAAUCAAUAAGUAGCACCAAAAAGUCGCCGAAGUGGCGAAUUUAAGCUUCGGAAUUUAGUAAUCGGGGUUAGAGGGUUUAAUAUUAAUUUAUUUGUUAUUUAGUUGAAAUUCUAGUUUUUAGUAAUAUUUUUAAAUGUUUUAAAUUAAAGUCAAAAAUAUAAAAAAAGAUGGAAAUGGAAGUUCAUCUGCUAACUACGGCCCUUUCGCCCUAUGAGACGGCCUU